GUGAAGUUGUUUUGAACCUGAGGGGAAUUUCAACCACUGAGAUAUGAACAUCAGUUUAAGUAGUACAACACAACAGCUGUAAGAGUUGAGGUGGAAUUUGUCUUACCAUGAUGCCAGGAGACAGCCAGUCCAAGACGCUCGCAGUCGGGGCGGACGCCACGGUUGGAAACUGUCAAAACUGUUGUGUUCUGCAUCAGAGCCUGACCGAGUAUGUCUCCUCAUUUCUGGCUCUGAAACAGAAGAUAACAGUUUCAGAUGACACGAUCAGGCUUCAACAGCAGCUGGAGGAGCUGCAGAUCAGAUUGGUCACUCUGGAGAAAAAGACUGCAGAUUAUGAAUCUUUGCAAGCUGAACUGGAAGAAAAGAAGAGUGCUCUUCAGGACUGCGGACAGAUGUCAGAAGAGAUGGAAAAAUUGAAGCAGGAGAACAGCAAGACAAUGACAGAGAAAACGAAGCUUGAGGACCAGCUAAAAGAUGUGGAAGAACUGAUGGAAACGCAGUCACUUGAAAGUGCACAGCUGAAGAGGGAAAAGGCCAUAGUAGAAAAUGACUUGCUGAAAACACAGACAUCCUUGAGGAAAUCUGAGGCACAAGCAAGUCAAGUUGAAAAAUUAAUAGAGGAGAAAGCCAAAACAACAAGCAUAAAGGAACAGCUUGCAAGUAAAGUGAGUCAGCUUGAAGAAUCAGUUUCCAAACAGAAUCAUCAAAUAACCCAACUGACCAAAGACAAGAGCCUGCUGGAGAAACACAUUGAUGACCUGCAGAAUAUCGCAGUGCAUCAACUCAAGCAAGACCACCUGAGGAGCAUAAAGUUGAUAAAGACAAGUUUCGGCUGCUUCUGGAUAACUUGUGGGCAUGUGUGGAACCUCAGCAGCAGCAGUCAGCAAACCUUCUGGACUUACCUGAAGUCCAUCAAGCAACAGGCAUCUUCACAAUUAAAAAGUGACAAGAAGCAAACAGACACUCCCACAAAGGCCAAGCGAGUUUCCAAGACACACACAACAGAGGAGUCAUCCACAUGCAGGAACAGCCCUGACAUAACUGUUGAGGAGAUACUGGAAUUGUUUAAGCCACUUUUUGCCUGCAUAUCACCACUACCAGAUUUGGACCCUGAUAUGGAGUCUAUGGAAACAGAACAUGCUGAAAAGACUGAAGAUGGUGAAAAGGAAACCCCUUCCAAACCUUCUGAUGACUCUCUUCCUCCUCAACAAGAAGAGUCUGUACUCAUCACAACAUCAAGCCAUUGCCUAAAUGCUUUUACAUUACCAGGAAAGGAAAAUGAAGAUUUGCCAGUGGUCACAACACAGGAAAUGGAACAGAGUUCCAGUGAAAAUGACUCCAAAGACUUGGGACAAAAUGAGUUGAGUGUCAUUACUGAUGCUACUGACUUAAUGAAGGACAAAAUACAUGGUACAGACAGUGAAGACAUUCAUCUUCAAAAAGACAUGCAGACUGUGCAAUUAGUAUCUGCAUCAUUAAGUGCUGCAAGUCAAGAGCCAAGCAGCAGUGUCAAUCCCAGUAGCAGUACCAAUGAAGGUUCAGAAAAAGUAUCACUGGAACAUGCUCAAGGAGAGGCGAGCAAAGAUCAGUCUGCAAAUAUUGUACCAAUUUCUGUAGACACAACCUCUUCUGAUGUCACUGGUGCCAAAAUAAUCAACCCUGAUGGAGGAGAAUCACUCAGAGCAAGUGAUAACUCUGUAGUCUCUGAAGCUGCAUUAGAUGUACAGACAGUUACUUCCUCAAAAUGUAUUGACAAUGAACAGGACAGCAAGGUUACAAAUAAUGAAAAUGAUUCAUUGGGAAAUCAUGAUACCACAGUCUUGAAGCCCCAGGAGAAAGAAGGAUCUCCUUGCAAGGACUCAGAAAUGCCAGAAGAAGGAUGUCCUUGCAAGGACUCAGAAAUGCCAGAAGAAGGAUGUCCUUGCAAGGACUCAAAAGUGCCAGAAGAUAACCCCUGUUUGUCAAGCAGUGACAUCAUCAGUAGUGUGUCCAAUAAAAAUCUUGAAAGUGGAAAUGAAAGCGAUGCAACAAACCCUCUCGGAGAGGAAAUUGGAAUUGAAGCACAACAAAGUGAUACAGUCGAUGUGACCGCUUCUCCCUGUGAUUCAAAUGGUGGCGUUAGACCUCCAUCACCUCUUAAUUCUUCAUUGUUGAAGAUGGAUGAUGCAGAUGAGGCCCAGCAGCAUUCUGGUCAUGCAAAUGAUGAAACUUCUUUAAUAAAGGAUGUUCACUCAGAGACAUUGAGCAGUGAGAUCACAACAGAUCAUGGACCUUCUCUUUCUAUCACAGAGACUGUUAACUGUGAAUCUUUGAAAGGAGACACACAUUCUCUGUGCAGGCGGUUGAGUCCAUCGUGUUUGUUACCCUCUAUAAAACUGCAGGCUUUGGAUGCUCCCCCAAAGCAAGAAAAAGUGAACAUUGGAAUAAACAUUGAACAUUCUACCGAUGAAAAAACUCCACAGCCUGAGAAAGAUGAUGCUGUAGAAAUGGCUAUUAUCGAAGAGUCGCCUCAAAACAAAGUCGAUACAAGUGACAAGAUAGUGGGCAAAUCUUGUGUUGGACAAACUGACAGUCAUACUAACUCAUUCAAACAAAGUGCAGCUGCCACAAGCAAACAAGACAAAUGUUUGAAGUCAUUUACGGAAGUACUUGAAAAACAAAGCCCAGAUAUGAUGAAAGAAGUGGCCUCCCCAGCUAGCCCACUGGCUGAUGCUUCUGCAGAAACAACCAUCCAGCUAUCAGAAGCCAUAGGCCAACUUCGCUGUGACAUGGGCCCUCCACUCCCUCCUCUCCUAACCCCUCUGAGCACGCCUCCAAAGCUGGGCAAACCAAUCAAUCCGAGGCAGGCUAUUGGGAAGCUUUUAUUUCCUUCGCCUCUAGAUAGAUUGGCUUCUCCUACCACUCCUGUCCAGACUUACUCGACACCCAACAGUCAGCUAGUGAGUUCCUCAUCCCUCAACAGUCCACUCCCUCCAAACGGAGUCCCCUCAUCACCCCUUCAGUUUGGCUCCGCCACCCCGAAACACGCUGUGCCAGUCCCCGGUCGCCUGCCCACGACAGCAAUGAAUUCCUCUCCUUCCUCUGCCUCCAGUCCAUCUCAGGAAAACUCCAUGAGGAUUCUGGACACCAUGUACCCAGAGCUCUCUGCCCGGGCCCGAACUCUGAGCAUUCUCAGAGGGAACGUCAGCCUCAGCAUUUGUUCUUCAGAGACUGGGACAUUAACUACAGCAACCGAUAGUCAGAUGUCCGGUUUUAAAACUAUUAAUUCCACUUCAACAGCCUUCACCAAGACUGAGACGAGGGGAGAAAAGAGACAAGGCAGCAAUUUGCUUCAACCUAAAAGCAGCAAAUGUCUCAGGCUGGAUAGCUGCUCUCCUGUUGUUAGGCGGAAGCAGGAGCCUUCCUCCUCUUCAAACAGUGGAGAUGAGACUGUCUCAUCCCAGACUCUGAAUGUCGAACUGCUCAAAAAUGAAAUCACUUGUCCGUUGAUGGAAGGUGGAGAACCCACAGAGCAAAAUCUAAUCAUUAGCUUUUUAAAGAGAAUUGAAAACCAGGCCUUUGAUCUGUUGCCUGUGAUCCAGAGCCACCUGUAUGUUGGGAACCUGCCCAAAAAGCCUGUCCUGAGAGACGAAGAGAAGGAGGUCAUCUCUGAGAUUUGUCAAAACAACGUGCUCAAGGCAGAUGAUCUGAUGUUAGCCAUCCUGAACAAACUAAAAACAGAGAAAAGAGACCUCGGCAGAAACUACAUGCAUGCCCUCUGCAGAGUCUACACAGCAGUCUGCCGACAGAACAAAGACUGGGAGAAGGCUCAUGUCCUGGCUUACAGCAUUCUCACAGAAGAUUUCCCAGACUGUGCUAAACUGAUUUUGUUUAUGGUGACAACAUGGCCCAGUGUGCUGUCAAGUAGAAGUUGUCUGUGCCAGGCAGUACAUGCUGUCACCAGACACAAAGCACCAGAAGACAUCUUCAAAUGCCUUUCAGCAUUCCUCGGUUGGGAGAAGAGUCCUCCCUGUGACAUCGACCAGCUGAUCUCCAGAACACUGUCUGAGAUCCGGUCAGGGUCAGGCCUGUCUUUCACAAAACACAGCCGGUACGGGGACGACCUGGGGCCUGAGGCUUGGGAAUGCGUCUUCACACUGCACCUCCUUUGUACACAAAAGACGUGGAAAUGGACCUAUGAAAAUUUGUUGGGCAAAGAUUUGUGGCCAUUAAUGAACACAUGGGUGACACAGCCGAGAGACCAACAAGCCCCCGUCUCUGAUGUGACUGUCGCCACCGUCCUCAGGCUCAUAGCACGCCUUGGUCAACUGGGAAUCAAAGAGAGGUGUGUCUCCUCCGUGGUAACUGUUGCCAAUGUCAUCAACACGUUCGGUAGACACGGACAGAGUGAAGGAGUGCCAUGGGAGGUCCAAUUAGCUGCCGUGUACUGCAUCUAUGAACUGUCUCCCUGCAAUCCCAAACAAGCACUGGAAGCACUUGCAGGAUGGAGAGGAGAAGCAUCUCAGAGUGCCCCCCCUGCUGUCACCAGCUGCAUUAACCAGUUAGCUUCUGUGUGCAGGCAGGUCAAAAGCUGAGAUGCACACGCUGCACACAUACAUGUGGAUGUCAAGAUUCCAGUCUGCACCUAAAGACAGGCUGAAUGUAAAUAUUCCAAAACCUUGAUUUUACAUAUGAGCUGUUUACCAUUUGGUUGUGAUUU